ACUACAUUAAUGUAUUUACUCUGCAGGAGAAAUUUUCCCAAAUUGACAUCUUGAUUCUCAUGACCGCAGCAGUGUGCCAUGACUUGGACCAUCCAGGCUAUAACAACACCUAUCAGAUAAACGCACGAACGGAGCUGGCGGUACGUUACAAUGACAUCUCCCCACUGGAGAACCAUCACUGUGCUGUGGCUUUCCAGAUCAUUUCCCAGCCAGAAUACAACAUUUUCUCCAAUGUCGACCAGGACCAAUUCAAACAGAUAAGACAGGGGAUAAUUACAUUAAUUCUGGCUACUGACAUGGCGAGACAUGCGGAAAUACUGGACUCUUUCAAGGAAAAAAUGGAAAAUUUUGAUUACUCAAAUGAAGAACACAUGACCUGCUUGAAGAUGAUACUGAUAAAAUGCUGUGAUAUCUCCAAUGAAGUCCGCCCAAUGGAAGUCGCUGAGCCCUGGGUAGACUGCUUGCUAGAGGAAUAUUUUAUGCAGAGUGAUCGGGAAAAAUCGGAGGGUCUUCCAGUGGCACCUUUCAUGGACCGUGAUAAAGUAACCAAGCCAACCGCACAGAUCGGCUUCCUGAAGUUUGUUCUCAUCCCCAUGUUUGAGACAGUAACAAAGCUAUUCCCUGAAGUGGAGGAGAUGAUGCUUCAGCCACUUUGGGAGUCCAGAGACCGCUAUGAGGAGUUAAAGCAGAUAGAUGAUGCUAUGAAAGAGCUGCAGAAGAAGAAAAGUGACAGCCUGACCACCAGCACUACUGAAAAGUGAGAAGAAAAAGACUUUGAGCAAAAUGUUGCCCCUACAAUUAUUUUCUUUUUGAGAAACACUGCAUUUGCCAAAUGGAUGUGGUGGAAUCCAGCAGGAAUGACACUUGGGGUGAGGUGGCCAAGAUGGACACCAACAUGGAUGCCCUUUCCAAGUGGUGCCACGCAAGCCAUGGCACAGCUCCUUCCCCACUGGGUUUGCCUCUAUGGCCAGCACUGGGAACUGCUGUCUCCAGGGACAAAGUGGAGCUGAGCUAAGGAGCCGUUUCUGUUAAACAAACCGCUGGUGUCCAAAACAAAUGAAAAUUUGUUUUAGUCAAGAUUCUGCACCUACCUGUACUGCAGUAUGCUAUUACAGCACAGCUUAACAGAUGCUUAUGUAAUGACAGGGGCCUGGCAGAUAUUUUUGUUUGCCAGGUAGACCCUAAUAACACAUUUCUCUGUAUUAUCCUAUGAAUUUUAUAGUGUUCGUAGUACAUUCAGAAGUACAUUAGUGGAUGCAGUUUUCUUUUCUGCACUAGAAAAAGUCAGAAGAAGCCUUCAUGGACUUACAGGUUUGCUUUGUGCCCAGCAGUGUCAGGGGUCCUUUGGCACAAGCAAAGAGGAGCACCAUGCAGCACCACUGCAUAGGUUUUAUCCUUAUGAAUAGAAUGCAAAAAGUGACAGCAUCAAGAAGAACCUUCAAAGAUGUACAGAUUUUUAUUUUUUUUUACUUUUCAACUGAUCUGCUAAAUAAUAUAUUCUUCUACAGAAAGGGG